GCAGCAGAGCAGUUGAGUUGAGUUUCCGUCUCAUUUGUUGGAUUGCGUUGCGAGUGACUGAAGCGUUUUGUUUUUCCUCUGCCGAGUCGAUUUAAAAUUUCGUAAUAAUGAUUGAUAAAUAUUUAACCAAGUGGAACAGAAAGACGAAAUGCUGAGUUACCCACACGAAAAAAGAGCAAUUAAAAUGCCUACUAAUUUAUAAAUAUUCAACGACGUGUUUCAACAACAAACAAAGAUAUGCGGAAGCAGACCUAAAAACAAAGUGUUAAAUAGAAGAGACAACGGGAGAAAUUUAAGCGAGAGAGCGUGGGAGAGAGAAAAACAGAGUACCGCGAUAAGAGAGAGAGCAAAUUGUUGAUUAUAAUGUGUGUCAAAAUAUAACAACAAACCAAUGGAAAAAUCACUUGUUUUUGAUAAUAAAUCAUGGGACGCGGCACGUGUUUUUCGGAUUCCCUAUAAACAUAUAUAUAUCAACCCACAUAUACCCGUCUAAUUUUGGAUAUAUGUUCACCUAAACAAUAAAAAAAGAAAACAAAACAAAAGAAAAGAAAAGACAACAAAAUCGACAAGUUCAUGUGAAAUUUACAAAAAAGUCUCACUUGUCACCACCUUAUGACUUCAGCUAAUCCCAAAGAUAUAGUGCAAAUAUAGGAAAGAUACAAAAAUCAUAAACCCGCAAAAUGCACGGAGUGAAGAGGGUGCUGAUCUUCUGCCUGAUGAUUGUAAUACUGCCGGCCAUUCUUAUCAUUAUGCCAUUGCAUCUGCGAAAGACAGUCUUUGCUGACGUCAUUUAUCCCAUGGCCGAAUCCGAUAUCAUCGAGAUUCGGGCCGGAAUCUCGUCGAUCUUCUGCUCGAAACACACCCUGCGAAUGAGCUCCAAUUUCAACGCAUUUCAACUGCGAAAUAAGCCUGAGAUCGCCACAAACCGCAAGCAUAUUAGGCUGAAGAAGUCGAUGACCCUGCCAGAUGAUACCCUGGAAUAUUGGGGAUUCUUUUUGCUGAAAGGAGCCAAGGUGCAUGUGAAAUUGUGCUCCCGUUACGAUGGCUCGAGCAUCCUAAUCAUCCAUGGCCACAGGGAGCUAAAUCUCUGCGGCCUGACCGAUCACAAUAAGAACAAGGUGGGCGCUAAUUAUGCUAAAGGACACGAACAAGUUCAAGUGUUCUUCGAAGAUAAUGUGGAGAUCACUGAGGAAAAGAGCAACCAGGACGUUAUGAUGGAGCAUGAGAAUCAUGGGGGCGAGGACCUCAGCGAGGAUGAAACGCAGCCACAUUUGAGUAUACCACCCAAGCACAAUGGUUCGUCACAACCAAAACUUUUCAAAAAGAAACUGAAAAAAGGUGUAAUUCAUCACAGUGAUCCCGAUUUGAAUGCAGUUACAGAUCUGCAAGGAUUACAUCACACCGAACAUAUUUUAAAUCAUCACGAUCACAGCUCCAACUCACCUGCACAUCAUCAUAAUCAUUCUUUAAAUAGUAGUCCAACGCAUCAUCAAGAUCAUUCCGAGCAGAGUUCAAAUACCACAACCGAGGAAACUAGUCACAAUCCCAAGCACAUUCGUGAUGAGCAUCAUUCGGAUCUCAAUUCGAGAGAGGAUCAUCGAGAUCACAAUUCAAGUGAGGAUCAUCCAAAUCACCAUUUGAGUGAGGAUCAUCCAAGCCAUAAUUCGAGUGAGAUCCAUAAUUUAAACAGUGGGCAGCUGGCGAUCCAACGCCGAAAAAGACACAAUGGCGGAACCCAUAGAAAUCAGAGGAGGCAGGAUCUCUACGAGAAGCUCUAUAAGAGACCAAAACGGGAUAACUUGCGGAAUGUGUACGACAGAAGGCCCACUCAUGGAGGCAAUGCCAUUAACUUCACUGAAACCGACGAGUCCAAUUCAGUGUCCAGCUUCGAAACAGGACUGCAACAAUGCUUCGAUGGGAUGGUCCUGCUGCAGAAAUUCUUUAAGCCGAAAAAUGAGUGCUCCAAUCCGCACAUAAUGGAGACGUCGCCAAACAAGAGUUCGAUGGUGGUGCACAAUGUGAUCGAAGAUGGCUACUACUACUAUAUAUUCUACAGCGACAACGAUCAUGUGAAGAACGAGAUACACGCCAUCUUCGACAUUUACAAGCCGACCUAUCAGUACUCUAAUAUGAGCGAUACGCAGAGUUGUCUGAACACGACGAACUGUACGUUCACCAUCAGUUUCCUUUCGGACGAGAUCGUAGUGGUGGAGGUGCCCACGCGGGAUGGCAUCGAGCACGAGGAGGAUGACAUCACCAACCUGAUCUCCACCUGCCAUCCGCGCAGCGAAAUAUACGCCAUAUUUCCCAUUACCGUGCUGGUCCUUAUCCUCUGCUGCUCCUUCCUGUAGUCCCCC